GCCCAGUGUCCGACCGGCCACACACACUGCAGCCAUGAAGGCGGUGCUGGCCGUUCUGCUGGCCACGGCCGCUUUGACGGCGGCGUCUCGCUUCGGAAUGCCGUAUGGGCGAGCCGUUUCUCCAGGCGCGCCGGAGGAGUGCUGCCAGGACGGGGUGCCGGUGUGCUCGCAGCUGAGCCGGCGGCUGCGGAUACCCGACCUCGGCUGCGAGCUGCUGUGCCGCGGCCAGGGACAACCCGGCUCGCUGGGCUGCAGCUACCGCGCGCCAGUGCCCGCCUGCAGCUGCCGCAACGACGCCGCCCCCUCCACGGCGCCGCCCCCAGAGGCGGAGGCCGACUCCGCGGCGCAGCCGGAGCUGCGCAUGCUCGGCACCAGAGUACCGGACCUCAGAACUCUGCCGCGCACGAGAUUCUAAUAAGGGACGUCGUCUUGUACCUGGCAGCAUAUAUGUCGUCAAAUUACAAAACUUAUUUCAUACGUUCAAAUAACUUACGGGUUUGCUGCCGGGUGACGUCGUCGAACACCGCCGAUAUUUCGACAGCAGCACACCCUGCCAUUCUCAAGGCACAAAUGCA